AUGGCGCUUGAAGCUCUUAAUUCACCGAGGUUAGCUUCUUCAGUUCCGACUCUGUUCGAGGAUUCAACUGGAUUCCAUGGCGUUGAGCAAUGGUCUAAAGGUAAGCGAUCUAAACGAUCCAGAUCUGAUCAUCAUCGCCACCAACUCACUGAGGAAGAGUAUCUCGCUCUCUGCCUCAUGCUUCUCGCUCGAGACGGCGGUGGCGAUUCUUUUGCGGCGGCAGAGGAGGAGAAUCCGACGAUUUACAAGUGCGGCGUUUGUGACAAGGCGUUUCCGUCUUACCAAGCUCUCGGCGGUCACAAGGCGAGUCACCUGAAUCCACUCAGCAGUGGGGAUCAUGAUAAGUCAUCGAUGACACCGUCCGCUGCCGUGAAAUCUCACGUCUGCUCGAUCUGUUGUAAAACAUAA